CUCUAGCUACAACAGGUCUGCCAUUCUUUUGAUUCCGUCCAUACUGCUACUCUCCUUUCAGCGCUUGAUAUAUCAACAGCGCUAUUACAUUCGUUACCAUACUUUACUUCACUUUCAACAGCAGCAGCAGCAGCAAUGAAGACUUCAGCAUUCACUUUAGCAUUCGCCGCCAGCUCUGCCCUUGCUUCAGCACCGAGCACUAUAAACACAUCCUGGAAAAAGACUCUCUUCCUCGACGACUUCACCGGCGGCUCCGGCUCAGCGCCCGACAGCUCGAAAUGGAUCAUGCAAACCGGCACCAGCUACCCGGGUGGGCCUCCCCAAUGGGGCACCCAAGAAGUCCAAACAUACACCAGCAGCGGCAACAACAUCCGUCAAGCCGGAAACGGAGAUCUCUGGAUCAUCCCCACCCGAUCCAACACCAACAACGGCAACGGCACCUGGACCAGUGCACGCCUCGAAACUCGACAGAGUAAUUUCCAAGCCCCUGUAGGCGGCAAACUACGCGUCGAAGCACGCAUCAAAAUCCCCAAUGUCAUUGGUAGUAAUGCAGCAGGCUACUGGCCCGCUUUCUGGGCGCUCGGAUCGUCUUUUCGACAGAAUAACAAUUAUUGGAGUUGGCCCAGUGUCGGAGAAAUCGACAUUAUGGAAAAUAUCAAUGGACAAGAUUCCGUCGUGAAUACCAUUCACUGCCAUAUCAACCCCGGCGGAAUCUGUAAUGAGCCAAAUGGAUUAGGAGGCACGUAUAACUGUAGUGGAAGUCGAUGUCCGGGAAAUUAUCACAUUUAUGAGAUUGUGAUUGAUCGCAGUGUGAAGCCCGAGGUGGUGAAAUUUUGGGUGGAUCGCAAGUUGAAGAGGACUGUGUCGCAGACGCAGUUGGGGAGUGCGUGGACGAAGACGGUGAAUUCGGGGUUUUUUCUGAUCUUGAAUGUUGCCAUGGGGGGAGCGUAUCCGAAUGCUGUUGCGGGCAUGCAGACGCCGACGAAUGAGACGGUCAGUGGGAGGGAGAUGGCGGUGGAUUAUGUUGGUGUGUGGUCGACCUAG